AUGAGAGAGGCUCCACCUACUCAAUGUACAGAUCAUGGAUUCCCUAAGUUUAACACAGUUACUUCUAACAAAGAAAUGCUUAGUGAUAAUCAGAAUGGAUCGGAUGAAAUAAUCAGAACUAGUUCUACUACUGUCACUCUUAAUGGUAACAAAAACAAAACUAUCUCUGAUCAUGAGUGUAACUGGUCAUCACCAUCAGCUUGUUUUUACUGUAAACCAUGUAAUAAACUUUUAUGCGCUGAAUGUAGCGGACAUUUUUCCAUGUCAUUUAAAAGUAAAGAACAUGAAAAUCAUAUUGUCUUACCAUUGGAAAAGGCUGUUCAUGAUGCUAAACUUGAAAUUAAUGAACAAACUGAUCGAGUUAGAAAAAGCCAUUCACAAUUUGAAAAUUAUUUACGUCAUCUGGUAAAGUAUGGUCAAGAACUCACUGAAACAGAAUUGAAUACAACCAACCAAAUUCAAAGUAGAGCAAAACAAUUAAAAGAAGAAAUUGAUCAAAUAGCUAAUAAACUAAUCAGUCAACUUGACCAACAAAUUGAUAGUGAAACGAAAUUAAUUGACGAUUGUGCAGGGUUCUUAUAUCCGUUAAUUGUCCAAUGUGAAGUAGCCUGUCGAUAUGCUGAUGCACUGAAAGAUUUUGGAAGGCCAGAAGAGUUACUUUUCUGUUUUGAUCAAGUGAAUGAACAAUUGAAUUAUUUAGGACAAAAGAAAAUUGAAUAUUUAGAAGGUGAAUUAAACAUGAUUUGGCCUAUCAAACAAUAUUUAAUAAUAUAG